AUGGACACCGACACGACCAACGACGCGACGCGCUUCUGCCGCCUGCUGGCCCGCGCGUUGCGCCGUCGCCUGCAGCCUGCAGACGGCUUUGGCCGCCUGCCCGAGGCUCGGCACGGUCCGAGCAGCGAGGAGGCGGCGAGGUGCGUGGUCAGGGCUGCGGGUGCGAGCGGCUGCGGUGGCCUCUUCGACCGGGAGGCGCUACCGUGCAGCGUCGGCGCGGAGGACGGCGCAAUCUACCGCAUGUGGCGCUGGCUCUCCGUCGCUUGGCCGCUCAACAUUCUGCUGUACGUGCUCACGCUUCCGCUCGCGGAGCUGCUCUGGUGCCUCGCCAGCCGGCACUACCUCCGCGCGCUGACGCCGUGCCACAAGCCGCUGCUCUUCUACCUCGUGCUGCAGUCCAACAUGCGGCUCACCGGAAGGAGCCUCCGCCGCCGCGGCUUCCGCCUGCACCGCAGAGGGAACCUGCGCUACUGGCACAGGCCGGCAGGGAGAGUAAGCCGGCGGGAGCCGCCUCCGAUGCCCGUCGUCUUUUUCCACGGCGUGCUCGGCUUCCUCCCGUACGGGCUCACGAUCGACCUGCUCGCGGAGAUGCACGCCGGCGCGAUCUACCUUCCAAUCUUCCCGACGCCGCUGCAGCUGCCGGAGCUGGUCGUCUCGCUGCGCGGGAUGCUCUGCGGUGCGCGCGCCGCCUUCCUCGCCAACUCGGUCGGGAGCGGCUUGCUCGGCGCCGUGCUCGAGCGCGCGCCCGAGCUGGCCGGCGCCGCCGUCUUUUCGGACCCGAUCUGCUUCGAGCUCUCGUCGGGGGAUCGGGCCAUGGUCGUGCUCGAGCCGUCCGUCCAGUUCUGCUUCCGGCGCACGUUUUGGUGGACGCACAACUACAUCCACCCCGCCGACCUGCCUUGCGACGCGCUGGUCGUGCUCGGCGGCUGCGACACGGUCGCCGACCCGCACGACGUGCGGCAAGCGCUCGAGGCGUACCAGCGCGGCUGCGUCGAGCGCGGCGAGACGCCUCGCGUGCGGCUCGAGUGGCACGAGGGCUGGCUGCACGGAGGGCUGCACAGCGACGAGGCGGCGCAGCGGCGCAUCAUCCGCGACGUGCUCACGAGGCCGUGGGAGGCGCACGGAGAGGGCGGGCAGCGAGAAGCUUGA